UCCAAGGAAGAAGUCUGAUCAUAAACAGGUGUCGUUGGUAGAACGUCAUGUCGUCAAGGAGUAGCGUAAUUUCCUAAUACACAUAAAAGGAAGCAGGCAAAUCUAAGGCCAGUUUGGUUUCUCCAUAACAGAAAUAAAGAACAGUGAAAGGAAUCUCUCGGAUGUUGUAGAAAAUUAUUAAAAAGAAGAAGGAAGAAGAAGAAGAAGCAGCAGCAAAAUGGGGAUAAGAUUCAUAUUAAUGGUAAACAAACAAGGCCAAACACGUUUAGCUCAAUACUACGAAUGGCUAACCCUCGAAGAACGCCGUGCCCUCGAGGGCGAAAUCGUGCGCAAAUGCCUCGCUCGCAACGAUCAACAGUGUUCUUUUGUGGAGCAUCGCAACUACAAAAUUGUUUAUAGGCGCUACGCAUCCUUAUUUUUCCUGGUUGGCGUCGACAAUGAUGAAAAUGAGCUAGCAAUUUUGGAAUUCAUACAUCUGUUGGUGGAAACCAUGGACCGCCAUUUCGGCAAUGUGUGCGAGUUAGACAUCAUGUUCCAUUUAGAAAAGGCGCAUUUCAUGCUAGAGGAGAUGGUCAUGAAUGGCUGCAUUGUUGAGACAAGCAAGGCUAAUAUCCUUGCACCAAUACAGCUGAUGGACAAAACAUCAUAAUAAGAUGGGUUAAGUGCUUUCGUUUUGCUCUUGCAUUCGGCAUGGAUUUGCAUUUCUGUUCAUGUUAUUUGCCUGUUGUACAAUAAGUUUAUGAAUGCAUUAAAAUUCUUAUCUUGGUUAAUGAAAAACUUGGUGUUGAUAUAUUGGUACUA